AUGGGGAAAAAAAUUAAGUCUCUAUUAUUUGUUAAAAUUUUUUGUUUUGUCCUUUUAAGUUGGACAGGUCUUUUUUACAUUGAUAAGAGUACAUUUAACAAAUGCAUUGAUGAAAAAUACAACUAUGUUAGGAAAUUAAAUAAAAGAACUUGUAGAUUACUAUCAAAGAGUAAAAAAAAUAGUAAUUCAGGUAUUGUUUGGCUAAAAGAAAUGUCAAAUAAUGGUGAGAGCGAAAAAAAAUAUGUAUCUACUGGUGAAAAAGUGGCCAAAGUAAAAAACAAAAAUUCUAAUAUAAGUUCAUUAAAAAAAGGGCAAUAUUAUAAACAAGUUAUUGAUUAUAAUAAUGGAUUCUUUGAUGGAAAGCAUUUCCAAUUUGAAAGAAAAUUGGUCAAAAAAAUAGAUCAUGAUGAUUAUAUUAAAAAAAAUAGGAUGAUUGCCACGAUAGCUUCAGAAAAACUAAAAUUUAGAAAAUACCGAUAUAUUGUUUAUAUAUUUAUUCCUAUUUUAUUGGUGGGAAUAGGAAUGCCUAUAUUACAAAAAUAUAAAUGUUUACCACAACCAGGAGAUAGAAUUUAUGAAGCAUUGAAGUUAAAGGAUUGGUGGGACAAAGCAUUGAACGCCGUGAUAGGUAAUGCUCGACAUCAUUUUUUUUACAUAGCAUAUGGCGUAAUUUUGAUUGCAAUAGUUAUAUUAAUAAUUACAGUUAUUUUUAAGAUCCUUACAAAUAAGGAGAAAUAUAAUAAAAUUAAAUUGAUGGCCCAGUUAAAUGAAUAA